AUGAAUCCUCCAGAACCAGCAAUAAUCAAUGGACAACCUUUACGAAUUAUAACGCGUGGAUCUUCAUCAAAAAACGAGUUAGAAAUUAAAGAGGAAGCUUUCGACGCUGCUUGUUAUUCCAGCUCGUCUGGCAUCGUUAUCUCGUAUAAGGAUGGUUCUGGAGAGGUGUUGACAUCGGAAUCGUUUGAUGAUCCCGGCCUCCACUUCAUCUUCUCGAGAUCUACAGUAUUCCAAUAUCCAUCAGUUUAUGAUAAAAUUGGAAUCGGAUCAGUUGUUCAAGUAUUUUGGACACGAAGUUUCGAACGAGUCAUUCGAGGAUCUCAUAUUGUUGUACAAGUUGAGAAGAUGGAGGUUUAUAAGUGCGCCACAAUGAAGCGAGAACGAGUAUUCGUCACAUUCAACUCACAGAUGACGCCUGGUGUGGCAACUGGAAUUACAGAGAACUACACAACAGUGGCGUUUCAUCCGAAUUGCUCUUCAAAAAUGGCAUUUGAAGCAUUAAAGGCGCAUGGAGAGGGACGAACCGAGUUUGUGAUGAAACAGAUCCUCAAGAAUCAUUUCAUGGAAGCCUACUUUCUACAAUCGUCGGAUCGAGUGUAUUUCGAUCGAAAAGCGUGUCAUUCGAAUAUUUUGGAAAAAGUGUCAAUCGGUUCUCUGAUUCAUAUCCAAGCGACGCCCGCGUUCCCCUCAUCAUUCUAUAAAUGGUAUGGAUACGAUGUGACACUAUGUCAUAACUAUUUGGCUGAUGUUCACACACAACGAAGUUUUCAAAUGGAGACGGCGAAUGAGAUAUUGAAUGACACGAAAGACGACGAAGAAGAGGAUGAUCAACCGCUGAAAAGUGCAAAAAUCGCUUUUCAAACGAAACCCGUCGUGGUGGUUAGACAACAUGAGGAGGUUAAGCAGAAAAAACCACUCAACCUCCACAAAUUCAACUCGAAACAUGCAAAAUACAAAAUGCGGCAUCUUCUACUCGAUCAGUGUUAUAGUACGCUGAUCCCACGAGAAGCGAAAAUCAUACUCGACGCAUAUCUCGUCGAUCAAUAUCCAGAAUAUGAUGAUUCGGGAAGCGAGAAUCAAUAUGUGAUGACGACACGACUGGAAUCCGAUGAUAUGGAUACAACUCGUCCGGUGUAUAGCGAAUCGGUGGAGGAUGAUGUUUAUCAUUCUUUGACACCAUUCGGACUCAAUCGUAAACCCCGUCGACUCCGUGCCACACCACCACCAAAAAAAUCGAAAAAAGGCAACGAAUUGCCGCCAAAACUGUCUCCAGAAGAGGUCCGCCAACGUUUUGGAUGUCUUAUGGAUUCAGAUGGAUACGCAUUGAAUCAGAAGGUCAAAGAUGCAUUCGUGAUGCCGGAUACUAAAUGGAAACCGACGGAGAGGCGGUGGAUUGGCUGUCACGAUGAUCUGAAAUGGGUGUUGAUGGCUACAUUCAUCGAGCCAACUGCCGAGAAUUCGGCUAGAAAAGAAGGAUUACUCGGAGGCUGGUGGUAUCGUCGAAGUGUGCCAAGAGAUGCACCAAUUCAAAUAGUGAAACGAAUGGAAACUCGUCGGAAUGUGAUGGAGGAUUACAUGCCACAGCCAAUCGUCUAUAUCAAGCCACCGAAAAAGACGGAGGACGGUGAGGAGGCGCCGCCCGAGCCGUUAUUCACACAAAACACCGCGGAUCUACUUGGAAUUUCGAAUUUGGACACGCCAGCAGCCGAGUUGUUGGAGUUUUUGGCGCGUCAAACAAUAAAAGAAACGAUACGUCUCGCGGCGAAUUGGACGAAAAAAUGCGCGCGAAAACGGAUGACCGUAGCAGACGUGGAGAACGUGUUACGGUAUCAACAGAAUAUGGGACAACUCAAUAUUUCGACAGUCGACACACUGAAUAUCGGAAUACAACACUUACAACAAGUCGCUGGAACGUCUGGAAAUCCACUAUUCGCAUAUCAAAAAUCGGAUAUUGAUGUGGAUAAGGAGGAUACGGAGACGUUUGUCAAGAUUCCAAGAGAUUUGAGAAUUAUUUCGUAUCCACUUGUUACCGACGGUCAACCAGUACAAUCCGAUUACACGGUGAAUGUAGAUGAGGAAGACGGCAAUUAUUUCGAGAAGAACGCUCCAGAAGUGUUGGCGCCGAUUCAGGAGAAAGUCUCCGCCCCCAUCUCGAAGACGUCAUGUCUCCAAAUGUAUCGAGAAUCGGUGAAAAAUGUGAAACUCGAGCAAAAAGUGGGGAUGAAACCGUUGUCACUGGAAAUUCUUACGGUAGAACAACAGAUAUUUAUGAAAGAAAUCAUUACGGUGUGUAUGGGACAAGACGAUAAGAAACGUCAUGAGGCGUUGUACACGUUGGAGACCGACGCUGGGAUUCAGGUGUUCCUUCCAUAUCUAACCGAGAGAAUAUGCAAAUCCAUCUCAGCCAACAUAUCCCAGCGAUGUCUAUCACUCAUCAUUUACGCUGGACGUGUAUUACGAUCGUUAUCACUUAAUAAGGCGUGUGAUAUGACGGUUUCGCUCCACCACGUUAUCCCGUCUCUUCUGAGUUGUUGUGUCGGCCGAAAUAUGUGUCUCCGCCCCGAAACCGACAAUCAUUGGGCGUUGAGAGACUUCUCUGCGAAGACUUUGGUCAUGUUGGUUAGAGACCAAGUGGACAAACGUGACGCCGGAUUCACCGCCCGUCGCCUCUUCGAUUUCGCUCAUCGAAUAUUCCGUGACUCCGCCUCCUCGUUCUCAAUGAUCUACGGAACCAUUUACAUCCUUCAAGAAUUCAUUGUAGACACACGGAAAGCCACGUGGCUGCUCGCGGAGCUCUCCGAAAUGGCCACUCGAUGCAAACAGCACAUUGAGGCGGGCAAUCGAAUGCAAACGACGACGUCACAGUUAUCGAUGACCGAAGCGGCCAAACUGAGUCAGCAGAUUACGAAAUCCGAAGCAGUCAUCCGUACCCGCCACAGUAUCCCGUCGACGGUCGCAGCUGGAGGCGUCGCUCCACUAAAUCGGAGAUUUCAUUGA